AUGAACUUUGUCUCUGAGAGAAAAAGGGCAGGUGCUCAAGCACUCAAACCCCCCUUCCCAUGUGCAAGUUGCAUUGCCCUGGCAAUUAAGGGCUUGGCUACAGGUUUCUCUUUUCUGCACAUAGCUGUGUUGUUUUUCUGUUUUGCUGCUGGAUCUGGAGACGUACUUCUGCUCUCUUUUUUGAUCCACUGCAGAUUAAAAAACACAGUCUCCAGCAGCACAAUCUGGAGUCUUCAACUUUCUCUGAUCCUUUUCCCAAACCUCUGUAUGUUCUUAGCCUUCAUCCUUUGGGGCUUUACUGAAGGAUCUUUAUAUGAGACCAUCACCUGCUCUUCACUUUAUAUUCUGAGACCUUUUAUGCUGAUCUGGGUUUUGCCCUAUUUGAAGUAUCUUCAAGAUAAACUUAAACGAUGGAUCGAGUUUUUCACAGCAACAAGAGAAUUAUGCUUUUUCACACUGAUUGUUUAUUCAGUUUUUUUCAUGCAUGGUUGGAGAAUAAGAGAACAUCACACAGACCUCAAACCUUUAACAAUGUCUGGAAUGUUCUAUGGACUUCUUGUACUGAUAUCUGUCGUAUUGAGUACAGUUUUUGGAUGCAAGUUUUUGGAUUCUCAUUUCUUGAUUUCCAUGAUGUCUGCUUUCCAACUUCCCCAGCUGUUCUUCUUAUUUGGAUAUACCUCUCUAGGAACUGGUAUUUUUGUUGUUUUGGCUGUUAUUCAUACAUUCUGGCCAUUUGUUCUUCGUCUGCCUGCAGUCUUCGACCGUUUCUGCAGAACAUGGAUAGUAGCACUGUGGAUUAUAGCAAUAUCAGUUCUAGAAAUUAUCUUAGCGAUUUAUAUUCAUAUACUCAUGUUGGAAAGGGAGAAAGUCAGGAUUGUAUGA